AUGGCGGCCAGGAUAUCGCCCACCACAAAUCUCCUGCGCAAAUCUCGCCUGUUUGCGCUUCCGUCUUCUCUCUCUGCGCCAUCCCCGUCUCUGAGCUCGAACUACAACUUCUGGUCGGACACUGCGACUCUCCCAUACCCAACAAAAGCUACGAUUGAGACGCCUCCAGCCUCUCUGGCAAGAGGAGACUGGGGUCUGAAGCGGCCUCUACCAGCCAAAUCCACCAUCAACAGCUCUUCGAACCCCCUUGUCCGGAUUAACCAUCUUGAUACCUACGAACACAUCACCGAUUUCCACUCUGCCAACGAUCACGCCCUCACCCUUCAGAAGUACCAGGAGCUGUCCCUCCCUAUAUCUUCGACGACGCAUGGCACCUCAUCCUUAGUGGGCAGCGGUCGCCACACGAGCGUGUUUGAAAGCUCGACCGAUAACAUCACAGCCUCCGGAGAUCAGAGUGCCGGAAAGAAGCUAAGGUACAGAUUCAAGGGACCAUGGCUAGCCGGAAUGACGGAAGUUGAAUUCCAGAGAUAUCUGAAGAAAGUGCGGAAGCAGAAGCCAGAGUUCCUACGCAGACUCCGCGAGAUUAUCAUAGAGAACAAAGCCUUGCAAACCAGGAGACGGUUGAUGGACGAGGGAAAGUCGCUCGAGGGUGCGGAUAUACCGACAAAGCUGAGUGAUGCCGAAUUCGAGACCGCUCUUCUGGCCCUUCGUGCGGAUCCUGCAGCACUUGGCCCAGAGGUCAACAAGUUUCUUGAUCUAGCUACGCCACCGAAGGUUCCCGAUCGGCGUAUUCACCUACGUAACUGGGUUGCUGGGCCAUCAGAUGUAUCGUCACCCCAGUAUGCGCGAGACGGACCUCCUCAGACCCAUCCAUCCGCGGGUCUGAGCUACCUACGCACCAGGUCCCAUAUCGAUAACCAUCCUAUCGCCGGUCCCCAGCAGAACCCACGCCCAGUCCAAGCUCGAUUGUUGCGUGCAAGAGGCCGCGGUAGGGGAGGAUCAUCCAAGAGCAUGGUUGGUGUCGCUGGAUUUGUGACAGACGACAUUGGCCCGUCUGCGGCUAGAGAUUUCGAUAGCCUAAAAGGGUCGAUCCAAUUCGAUCCGGACGUCCCCGGCGGUGCAAAGUACUGGGUCAAGGUUGAAAAGGCUACGGUAGAUGCAAAGGGCAGAGUUUUACUUCGUGUCGACGGCGCAACGAGUUCUGCAAAGGCUCUUAUUGGAGUACAGAAUGCAGAGGAAAAUGUGCCCUCUUUCAUCACGAAGAGGGCAACUUUUUCCCGUUUUGACGACAAGAUAUGA